CUCAAACACUCAAUCCCUGCGAGGCUAUUCUUACUGCCCUGGUGGCCCAGUCCUCGUUAGGGCGUGGCCGGCGUGACCGGUGACCGAACCAUGACCUCAUUCGCACUGUUGCGCUGCAACACGCACAUGCCUCGGCAUCGACAAGUAAACGAUGCAUAUGCUUCAGACAAAAUCGCCAGGAACAGAUUCAGCACGGUUACAUGUACGGAGUACCUUGUGACUUCGGUGAUCAUAAAUCAUUCAACCCUUUCCCACACUCCUUAAUCCUUUUUUCCUUUUCUUCUGUUCACAUCUCGACCUCUUCACGUCUAUUUCCUGAGUGCCUUCUGUGAUUGCGCUCUCCACGCCAACAUGUCUGCAGCACAAGCCCGCCUCUCCCAGGUCUCCGGUCACCUCGGUGGCAGCAAACAAUCCAUUCUCUCCAAAUCCCCCGACGAUGUCGUCGUUACCUGCGCCCUCCGCACGCCCUUCACGAAAGGUGGUAGAGGUCUACUAAAGGACACCGCCGCCGCCGACCUUCUGGCCCUCACCUUCAAGAACCUCAUCGAACGCUCAAAGAUCGACCCGAGUCUCGUUGAGGACAUUGCCACGGGCUGCGUGCUUGCUCCAGGAGGUGGUGCCACCGAAUACCGUGCAGCUGCUCUUGUUGCGGGCUUUCCGGAAUCCACCGCGGUCAAGGCCCUGAACAGACAAUGCUCCUCUGGACUGCAGGCAUGCGUGGACAUUGCCAACGCCAUCCGAGCUGGCAUGAUCGAGAUUGGGAUCGGCUCUGGUGUCGAGAGCAUGUCUUCCCAAUACGGCCCUGGCGCAGUCACCGAGUUUUCUGAUCUCCUAGAAAACCACAUGCAGGCCGCAAACUGCAAGGUCCCCAUGGGUGUCCUCUCAGAGCAGAUGGCCAAGGACCGCAAGAUCGCCCGCGCGGAUCAAGACGCCUUUGCGGCCUCUUCGUACCAAAAGGCCCUGAAAGCUCAGCAAGCAGGGUUGUUCGAUGAGGAGAUCGCCCCAAUCACAGUCAAAUACACCGAUCCCAAGACCGAGGAGGAGAAGACCGUGACCGUCACAAAAGACGACGGCGUGAGACCAGGAAUCACCGCAGAGUCCUUGGGCAAGAUCCGCCCGGCGUUUGCAAAGGACGGCUCCAUCCACGCUGGCAACGCUUCACAGAUCUCCGACGGCGCCGCUGCGGUCCUGCUCAUGAAACGCAGCACCGCCGAGCGCCUGGGUCAACCCAUCCUGGGCAAAUUCGUGUCAUCCUCUGUGGUCGGCGUCCCGCCUCUGCUGAUGGGCAUCGGCCCGUGGAAGGCCAUUCCGGUGGCGCUCGAGAAGGCCGGCAUUUCCAAGGACGAUGUUGACAUCUACGAGAUCAACGAGGCCUUCGCAAGCCAGUGUGUCUGGUGCAUCAAGGAACUGGGCUUGCCCUUUGAGAAGGUCAAUCCCAAGGGUGGCGCCAUUGCCUUUGGCCAUCCCCUGGGCUGCACCGGCGCCAGGCAGGUGAGCACCCUCUUCACGGAACUGAAGAGGACGGGUAAGAAGAUUGGCGUGACGAGCAUGUGCGUCGGCACCGGCAUGGGUAUGGCUGCCGUCUGGGUCGCCGAGUAGGCACACUAUAAUACGAUAGAAUUUGCUCUCCAGCGCUCUCCCUUGGGAAAGGGGAAACAAAAGCAUACCUAAGGUAUACAACUUACAUAUAUAUCCUGGUACCCGCGCGUGCCUUUGGCCUUGGUUCCAACCUCUGUAUGAACGCUGCAUGGCGCGGAUUUGCUUGGCCGGUACUGGACUGGCAUGGGGACGGGUCUGGGAUUGCGACUGGGACUGGGACUGGAAUUGGGACUGGACUUGUGGACGCAUUCCAUGUAACGUGCCCAUGUGGGAAUAUUGAGCAAUCGAUCAUCCGUUCCAUCCGGCACGUCACGUCGGACAGUUCAAACACAGAUACAGACAAAAUGGUGUAGCACUACGGAUCUCAUCGACUGCCAUGGCAGGUUCGCUCCUAGUUCGAUCUGCAAGUGUUACUUGAGCUAUCAUCUGAGCUAUCACCCUAAGCUACUCCUAUGAGAAAUCUGAGCAAUCUGAGCUACAUACGUGGAUGAGUCCUG